AUGUGCGCGUCGGCGACGGGCGUGGUGCGUGUGCAGUCGCGGAAGAAGGCGGAGAUGUACCUGGUGCGUACGGACGGCAUCAGCUGCACUCGCGAGAAGGUCACCGCCUCCACCCUCGCCUUCUCCCACCCCUCCACGCAGCAGCAGAUGCUCAUGUGGCGCACGCGGCCCCGCACGGUGCUGCUGCUGAAGAAGCUCGGGACGGAGCUCAUGAGUGAAGCCAUGGAGGUGGCGCGGUUCCUGCAGCGCGAGGAGGGCAUGAACGUGAUGGUGGAGCCGGAGCUGCACGACACGCUCUCCCGCAUGCCCGGCUUCGGCUUCCUGCAGACCUUCUACGCCCAGGACACCAGGACACCAGGUGGGGGGUGCUACGCCCAGGACACCAGGUGGGGGGUGCUGCGCCCAGGACACCAGGUGGGGGGUGCUGCGCCCAGGACACCAGGUGGGGGGUGCUACGCCCAGGACACCAGGUGGGGGGUGCUACGCCCAGGACACCAGGUGGGGGGUGCUGCGCCCAGGACACCAGGUGGGGGGGUGCUACGCUUAGGACACCAGGUGGAGGGUGCUACGCCCAGGACACCAGGUGGGGGGUGCUACGCCCAGGACACCAGGUGGGGGGUGCUGCGCCCAGGACACCAGGUGGGGGGGGUGCUACGCUUAGGACACCAGGUGGGGGGUGCUACGCCCAGGACACCAGGUGGGGGGUGCUACGCCCAGGACACCAGGUGGGGGGUGCUACGCCCAGGACACCAGGUGGGGGGUGCUACGCCCAGGACACCAGGUGGGGGGUGCUACGCCCAGGACACCAGGUGGGGGGUGCUGCGCCCAGGACACCAGGUGGGGGGUGCUGCGCCCAGGACACCAGGUGGGGGGUGCUACGCCCAGGACACCAGGUGGGGGGUGCUACGCCCAGGACACCAGGUGGGGGGUGCUGCGCCCAGGACAGCAGGUGGGGGGGUGCUACGCUUAGGACACCAGGUGGGGGGUGCUACGCCCAGGACACCAGGUGGGGGGUGCUACGCCCAGGACACCAGGUGGGGGGUGUUGCGCCCAGGACACCAGGUGGGGGGUGCUACGCCCAGGACACCAGGUGGGGGGUGCUACGCCCAGGACACCAGGUGGGGGGUGCUACGCCCAGGACACCAGGUGGGGGGUGCUGCGCCCAGGACACCAGGUGGGGGGGUGCUACGCUUAGGACACCAGGUGGGGGGUGCUACGCCCAGGACACCAGGUGGGGGGUGCUACGCCCAGGACACCAGGUGGGGGGUGCUACGCCCAGGACACCAGGUGGGGGGUGCUACGCCCAGGACACCAGGUGGGGGGUGCUACGCCCAGGACACCAGGUGGGGGGUGCUGCGCCCAGGACACCAGGUGGGGGGUGCUGCGCCCAGGACACCAGGUGGGGGGUGCUACGCCCAGGACACCAGGUGGGGGGUGCUACGCCCAGGACACCAGGUGGGGGGUGCUGCGCCCAGGACACCAGGUGGGGGGGUGCUACGCUUAGGACACCAGCAAGCUGCACGAGAAGGUGGCCUUCGUGGUGUGUCUGCGGGCCGACAAAUGGAUGGGGACUGUGAGCUAACCAAGCUGCACGAGAAGGUGGACUUUGUGGUGUGUCUGGGGGGCGACGGGGUCAUCCUGCAUGCGUCCAACAUCUUCAGCUCCUCCGUGCCGCCCAUCGUCUCCUUCAACCUCGGCUCCCUUGGCUUUCUAACAGCACACCCGUACGAGCAGUACAAGCAGGACCUCAAGGCGGUGAUUCACGGGCAGGAGCAGACGGCGGGCGUGUACAUAACGCUGCGCAUGCGCCUCAAGUGCGAGGUGGUGAAGGGCGGGCAGGCGGUGCCGGGGAAGGUGUUUGACGUGCUCAACGAGGUCGUCGUGGACCGCGGCUCCAACCCCUAUCUCUGCAAGAUUGAAUGCUACGAGCGCAGCAAGCUCAUCACCAAGGUGCAAGCGGAUGGGGUGAUAGUGGCAACCCCCACGGGCAGCACUGCAUACUCCACUGCUGCUGGUGGCUCAAUGGUGCGUGGGGAAUGGAUGAGUCCUUGUCUAUUCACCUCUCCCAUCCCUUACCACCGCUCCCAACCCACGCAGGUGCAUCCCAACGUUCCAUGCAUGCUCUUCACGCCCAUCUGCCCACACUCCCUCUCCUUUCGCCCCAUCAUUCUGCCCGACUCCGCCCUCCUUGAACUUCGAGUGCCUGCUGAUGCACGCAGCAACUGCUGGGUGUCGUUUGACGGGAAGAAGCGGCAGCAGCUGUCACGGGGAGACUCGGUGCGCAUUUCCAUGAGCGCACACCCCGUGCCCACUGUCAACAAGCGCGACCAAACCGACGACUGGUUUGCCAGCCUCGUCAGGUGCCUCAACUGGAACGAGCGCAUGGAGCAGAAGGGAUUCAAUACUGUAUUUUAG